AUGGUAGUCUUUUUGAGAAAGCUACAAGCACUUCUAUCUUUAAGAGAUGAUAUUCCCUUCGAUAAGAAUAAGUUUUCUCUCAUCAUUAAAACCAUAGCUAAGAAUUCAGAUAUUGUUGAGGACGAAAUUAAGGAUACAAAUCCUGAUCUAGAAGUUUCAGCCUUCUUGAACGCAUUUGUAAAGCCUAGAGCAAAAUCAAGGGAAAGGGCUGGGUGGAGAACAAUUGCAAAUCUCAUUAGAGUUGGUGUUGUUUUCAAGCAACAAACUCUUCAAACAACUGUCAAGAAUAUUAAUGCAAUCGAUAGUAACCCUGGAUUGGAAGAGAAAUUGAAGAGUAUAGAUCGAUAUGACUUUGAUGUGUUUGAAUUAAAUGAAGCAUCGAGGGGAAAGCCACUGUAUGUGAUAUUUACCUAUUACCUUCGUCGAUUUGGAUUGUUGGAACAUUUCAAUAUUGACAGAGAAGUCUUGCAUGCAUUCCUUAGAGAGAUUGAAACUCACUAUGGGUACAAUGCCUUCCACAAUAGCAUUCAUGCUGCUGACGUACUUCAAACAUUCAUGUACCUAUUAGAUUUGAUAGGUAUGAUUCCGUUCCUUACUCAUGAGGAAUUGUUGGCUGUCAUAUUGGCAGCUGCCAUGCACGAUUUUCAACAUCCAGGAACAACAAAUCAAUUCCAAAUCCUUUCAUCCUCUGAUUUGGCCAUUACUUAUAGUGACAAGUCAGUAUUAGAGAGCCACCAUGUUGCCUCCUUCUACAGAGUCCUCCAACAAGAGAAAUACAACAUUCUGAAAACACUAUCAGCCAAACAAAGAAGGCAAAUCAGAGAAAUUUCAAUUGGUCUGAUAUCAGCAACGGAUUUAUCAUUCCAAGGAAGUUUUAUGAAUCAAUUACAAGCAGUUUAUGAUGUUUCACAUGGUCACAUUGAUUUAAUGUCUGAAAAGUCUCUAGUUCUAAAACUUUGCCUCAAAUUGGCCGACACUGCAAAUACCUCAAAACCUCUCUAUCUGCACUUUUCCUGGAUCUCUCGGCUACAAAGAGAAUUCUUCAUCCAAGGCGAUAAGGAAAAAGAGUUGGGUAUGGAUGUUAGCCCUUUCAUGGACAGAACCAAGUGCAACUUUACAAAAUGUCAAAAUUCUUUUAUUGAAUAUGUGACCUAUCCGUAUGUGGCUUUAUUCGCAAAAUGCUUUAAAGAAGCAGCUCCAAUACUGGAAUAUUCAAAACAAGUCAAAGAAUAUUGGUCGAAUAGUGUGGUAGUUAGUACAUUCGAGGAAGUUGAACAAAUGAUUAGAAAUGAGCUUGCAAAGGUUAAUAAGGUUGUGACGCAGUCACAUUUGGGAGCAAACACGUCAUUCAACACGACACCAAGAGAACAAGGGACAGAAGAAUAA